AAAUACAUAAAGAAUCUUAACCUAACAAAACUAUAUUCAAAUUUGAAAACAAACAUGUUUUCCAGUUUUUCAUUUCAAUAAUUCCUUUUGCUCAAUAUAAUAGUAUCUGAUAAUCGUAAAUACUAAAAUGGACAAAUGUUCUUUAGACACUUUCUUGACUAAGUUCACCAAGCAAACUGAGAAUCCCAUAAUUUACCUGGGCCUUAGUGAGAAUGAAACACAAACUCUUCAAACACAUUUAAAAUCCCUUUACGACUUUACAAAGAGUGAAGAACCUAAGAAGCCACCUGGACAAUCUUUAAAAAGACUUUUAAUAGACAAUUUUGAUUUGGAACAAAUUUGGCAACAAGUCGAGCUUCAAAAUGAAGAUACAAUCAGCCAUGCUCUUGAAGAAGUUAGCUCUUUAUUGGUAAAUAAGAACAAUUUAGUAUUUAAAUCUGUUAGGGAGUUCGUAGACAAAAACAAUAAAAUACAACCCAAUGAUGGAAGUGGUGAUGGCUCAGAUGAAAGUUGUGAUGAAAUUGAUGCUGGUGAAAAAAAUUUAGAUAAGAAUAAUAAAAACUCGGAUGGAGAAGAAUCAUUUGACUCUGAUAUUGAGGAUAUUGGCUCUGACAAUGAAGCUGUAGAAAAGCAAGUACCAGGAAAGGGGAGUGCAAAAUCUAUAGUUGAUGAUGAUUUCUUUAAAUUAAACGAAAUGGAAGCUUUCUUGGAAAAUGAAGAGAAACCAAAAAAGAAAAAGGACCCAAAUGAAGAAGAAUCUGAUGAGGAUGAAGAAGGCAGCAUAGACUUUUUUGAAGAUCCAGACAGUGAAGAAGACGGGAGUGAAAAUGAUGAGGCCAAAGUCGCAAGAUUUAAAGACUACUUUGUGGCCAAAGAAGAGGAUGGUGAGCCUAAAAGAAAAAGAAACAGACUUAUGGAAGAAUUAGAUGACAACAAUGAAAAUAAUGACCUAGCUGAACUAAAAUCAACUUUCGAACUUCGCCAGGAACGUUUAAAUCGCAAAAUCCAAGAAUUAGAGGAACAAGCUGUCCGUGAGAAAUCCUGGCAUCUUAAAGGUGAAAUCACUGCUGAAAACAGGCCACAAAAUUCAUUGCUAGAAGAAGUCCUAGAGCAUAAAUUACGUUCUAGGCCUGCACCGAUUAUAACUGAACAAACAUCUCUACAGUUAGAAGACAUAAUUAGGCAAAGAAUCAAGGACAAAACUUUCGACAGUGUAGAAAAGAAAAUUCGUCCUGUGGAGACUCCUCUGGAGUAUAAAAAGAAACUUGUUUUGGAUCAAGAAAAGAGCAAAGAGUCUUUGGCGAAAAUAUAUGAAAAAGAAUUUUUAGAACAACAAGCUUCACUAGACAAGGAUCCUUUAGAAAAUCAAGAACAUGAGCCGGAAAUCCACAAGGAAGUCAAACUCCUAAUGAAAAACCUUUUCUCAAAACUUGAUGCCUUGUCGAACUAUCAUUUCACUUCAACUCCAGCUAUACCGGAGUUAAAAAUAAUAAACAAUCUACCAUCACUUAACAUGGAAGAAGUGGCUCCAGUAGCAGCAAGUGAUGCAGCCCUGUUGGCACCAGAAGAAAUAAGAAAUAAAACAAAAGGAGAUUUGGUGGGCAAGGGUGAAAAAACUAGUACUGACAAGAAAAGAGAAAGACGAAAGAAGAAGUUGAAACAGAAGAUCCACAGCAAAAGAAAAGCAAAAUUAGAAGAGGUGAAGGCGGCGAAAAAGCAACAAAGAAGCAAGGCUUAACUUGUAUGUUCUAUUAUAAAUUUGUAAUAUAUUUUUUUGUGAAUUUUA